CUUUUGGUCCAACAUGUCUAUAACAACCUCACCCAAGAACCAGGCAGCAUUGCCUCCCACCGGUAUCAACCUCUACUCCCGCUUUGCUCUAGCCGGUGCCAUCUGCUGUGGAGUUACUCAUGGCGCAUUAACUCCUGUUGGUAAAACUUCAUAAUGAUUUGUUUAGAUGCCCUAUUAUAUUCUUUAUUCCCCACUUCAGCAUCUGUAUCACAUAUACACCCAACAUCUCUGUCAACAGACAACUAAACUAUGAGGGUAUCUCUGCCAAGAAAAAAAGCUGAUCAUGCGAAAUAUCUGCUUGGGCUUUUGUAGAUGUGGUAAAGACUCGCAUUCAGCUCGAUAACAAGAAAUUUAACAAGGGUAUGGUAGGGACAUUUCGUCAGAUUAUCAAAAUGGAGGGUGCUGGGGCUCUCAUGACCGGUUUCGGGCCUACUUUUGUCGGAUACUUUAUACAGGGCGGGUUCAAAUUUGGUGGUUAUGAGUUUUGGAAAAAGACCUUGAGCGAAUAUGUGGGUCAUGAGAGCGCUGUCCGCAACCGAACGGCGAUUUAUUUGAUCGCAGGUGGUAUUGCAGAGUUCAUUGCCGAUAUCGCGCUCUGUCCACUCGAGGCCACCCGUAUCCGUCUAGUUUCUCAACCUGGUUUUGCUUCAGGUCUUGUCUCUGGCUUCCAUCGUAUCCGUGUAGAGGAAGGUGUGCGCAAUGGAUUUUAUUCAGGGUUUGGACCCAUUGUCUUUAAGCAGGUUCCAUACACAAUGGCCAAAUUUGUGGUCUUUGAAAAGGCUUUAGAAGGAAUUUUGAAAUCUAUGGGUGAUCCAGAUCCAAAGACGGUUGCACCUUUGACCAUGACAGGAAUCAACUUGGCAUCAGGCUUGAUUGCUGGAACUGCUGCAGCAGUCGUUUCACAACCAGCUGAUACAUUGCUCUCCAAGAUCAACAAGACUUCAGGUUCAGGAUCACCAAUGGCUCGUCUGGCUAUUCUGGCAAAGGAAUUGGGUUUGCGUGGUUUAUUCUUGGGCCUAGGUCCCCGUAUUGUUCUGGUUGGCACCCUCACAUCCCUUCAAUUUGGAAUCUAUGGCAGUCUCAAAAACCUCUUUGGUGCUACCGGUGCAGAGAUUCGCAAAGCGUGAAGACUGAUACUUUGUAUUGUCCUGUAUAUAUAUAUAUAUAUAUGUGUGUAUAUAUUUAUUUAUAUACUUUGUUUGUAGUAAUCUGAGAAUUAUCAAGAUUGUUAUUAUUUUCCCAAACUUUUUUUACAUUGCUGAAUCACCUUUCAAUUUUAAAUACACGUGGUUUAUUAUUCAGUCAAUGAAAAAAAAA